GAUAAAUAUAUACUACACUUGGCGUUGCAACUCGCGGAAACUAGCGCAGUUACUCGAUAAAACGCGACAAUAUACCACGGAUUGUAACUCCACAUAGACAUUAUUUUCUAUCAGCGAUGUGCAACGAAUGGAAAUCUUUGGAAUAUGAGGGACCAUGGAUUGCACCUCCAUACGAUCCCCUUCCUUCUGACGUGAAGUUGUAUUACAACGGUGAGGAACAGGACUUGGAUAAAGAGGCAGAGGAGCUUGCCACUUUAUACGCAAAGGUAUUGAAUAGUAAAUACACUACAGAUAGUACGUUCGACGAUAAUUUCUUCCUGGAGUGGAGGGGGGUAAUGAAUGAGGACGAAAAGAAACAAAUUCUCAAGUUGAAGAAGUGUGAUUUUUCAAAAAUACAAGAACAUCUUAAGAGGGAGGAGACAACGAGGAAGGAGAGGGAAAAGGAGGAAGAAGAAAAGAUUACCUUAGAGCAUGGUUUCUGUACCUUAAACGGAAAGAAAGAAAAACUAGCCUCUUUUAAGAUAGGACAACCUGAUUUAUUGAAAGGGAAGGGUCCUAACAGAGGUAAAUUGAAAAAAAGAAUACUGCCUAAAGAUGUUGUUAUCAAUUGUUCUGACCGCGAAAAACAAUUGAACAGAGGUUGGAAAGACGUUGUAACGAAACGUACCAACGCAUGGGUUGCUUGUUAUAAAGGAAGCAUUGAUGGAAAAAACAAGUACGUUCGUUUUCAUCCGUCCUGCAAAUUCUGGAGCACUACGACGCGAAGGAAGUAUGAAAUUGCGCAGAAUUUAAAAGAACAUUUAGAUGAUAUUCGUAAACGGUACGAAAAUGAUUGUAACGAUCAAGACAAGAAAACCAAGCAACUAGGUACUGCUGUGUAUUUUAUGGAUAAAUUGGCUCUGAGAGUUGGCUCUGAAAACACAUCUGGUACGAUAGGUUUGUGUACUUUGCAAGGGCAACAUGUUACACCGUACAAAAAGGGAGAGGAACAUUGGGUGAAAUUUGAUUUCAGAGGUAAAAGUUUUAUACCAUUCAAGGAGGAUGUGAAAGUAGAAGAAUAUGUGUACAAAAAUUUACUAGAAUUUAAAAAAUCGAUAAAUAAUGACGAUAAAUUAUUCAAUGAAAUCAAUCCAACAAUGCUAAAUAAAUACUUGAGAGAACAGAUGGAGGGUCUUUCUGUGAAAGUAUUUAGAACGUAUAAUGCGUCGGAGAUGCUACAGAAUCUAUUAAGUAAACACACUGAUUUAGCUGAACAAGAUGAAAAUUAUAAAAUAAACGUACUUAAAAACGAAUUUAAAAAAGUUGCAAAAUACUUGAAUCAUAAACGUGCACGAAAUACUGAACGUCCAGAGAAGUCGACGAACAAAUCUACAAACAAUGAAGACGACGAAACGGACACAUCUACAGACAAUGAAGAAGAGGAAAUGAAUGAUUUUUUAGACCUUGAAGUCCAUGACAAUUUUGAAGUUUCACCAGAGACCGCGAUAAAAUACUACAUUGAUCCUAGAAUUAUCUUUGCAUGGUGCAAGAGAAAUAACGUUCCCGUUGAGAAAAUUUACUGCAAAUCACUAAGAAUGUUGUUUUCAUACGCAGCAGAAACAUCACGGGACUUUGUAUAUUAAUCCUACGAUGUAUUCGUUACUUUACAAGUAUACAGUACCUACUGAUUGUAUUCCGUUAAUAUUUUAUUUAGAUUAUACAGAUUAUGUAUAUCAUAUAAAUUAAUAAAAAACAACUGACGAGCAAGUAUAAUUGAUAAUUGAAUGUUUCAAGAUGAAAAAGGAGAACUUGGAUUUCAGAUACAAUUUAAUUACUUUUGCUUAUUUUCUUAUGCACGGUAUAAUAUUCUUUAACCCACUUCGAAAGUCUUGUAUUAUAAUCGGUUUGCAAUAACGAGGACUAAGAAAUAUAAGAUUGUAGAAAUACUAAGUUGUAUAUUACGAGUAAUUUUAAGCUUUCGUAAUCCGUUGUGUGCAACAGGAAUUUUUAUCGGGUUCCCGCGAUUCACGUAAUCGACGCGAAAUUCACAGGGCCGAAGCGUUUAUCGUGCGCGACCCCCGAUAACAUUUCCGAUUGAUAGGCCGCUGUCUUCCGUAAAUGAAGAAGAGGAAGUCGAGCAGGAAGACGAACGCGACGAAGAAAAAUCUCGCAGCGAGCAGAUGAUAGUAAACGUGAACUUGAAGAGAAACUCGGAUAACGCGAUAAAUGACUCGAGGAAAACCGACGCAGCGAUAAAUGAACCUGAAGAGAAGCGACAAACCGGACUAUGAUGCUGAAUCGAAGUAGUUAACCCUU